AUGGUAAUCCUGCCAUCAUGCAAGCCACCUGCUGUUAGCCGUGGGAUUUGUCGCAUAACUAGUAGCCUCCAGCCAGACAAUUUUUGCGUAGUGCUGAUAGGUGACGAGGACGUUGAGGGAGGGCUCUGGGCAAAUGUCAUCUGUUGUACGAGGUGUGGCCCAUUGCACAGAGCACCGGAGGAGGUGCCUCGAUCAUUCUAA